UCAGUCUAAAUAUGUUUUUACAAAGAGGCACUAAAGAUACAAUGUCAGUACAAAAUCAGAAUUCGACAUGUUGUUCAUGAACAUUACAUUUACCAUGGGGCAGGUACCUGGAACAGACAGACAGGCUCCGCCCCCUCGUUUCUGAUGAAGCUUCAGCAGCAGUAAUAAAAAGUCAUCCUCAUCCCCUGCACAGUCCAGACCUGCAGCCUCUGCUCCCUCUGAAAGCAACAGUAGACAUGAUUCCAAAUGUAUGGAGCAAAGGCAUGUAUUCUUCAAGCAACUUCUGCCUUGAAGGCUGCACCGCUGAGCAUCUCUCCUCUUUUCAGCUGGACCCCAUGGCACUGAAUUCAAUAGUACCGGGUGUUUCUAUAUCCCCACACAAAAGCAGCGACUCCCCAAAGAUGUUACGAGAGAAUGCUUAUUGCAGCAGCAGUGAUCCUGGUUCAAAUUUAAUGUUUUCAAACCGAAUGGAGCUCAAAUCUACCAGGGACCAGACCUCUGGACGUUUAUCCACAAGAAGUCACCCAUCUCCUGCUUCCAAUUCCUUCUGUCACCAGAAUCAGAGUCUAAACAGUGGCCGUCAAGCAAAACGUGCCAGAGUAGAGAAUAUCAUAAAAUGCAUGAGUGACCCCCCUGGUGUGGACUGCUCAGAUGUAAUGACAAACCGACGUUCAGAGUCAGACGCCAUGCAGGAAAAUGAAAGGAUGCAUGAACUGGAGAAGAGAAAAUUACUCCUGGACCAAAGUGAGUUAAGUGGAGUUGGCAGCGUUUACAGAGACCAUGAGAACCUGGUAAGAAGUCAGCUUCAGAGUCAAGAUCAAUGUUCAAGAAAGCUCAGAACAAAGUUUAGUCCUGCUGAUGAAGUUCCUGAAGCUCACGGUCAUAGUAUGGAAGGUGUUGCAGAGUCAUAUACAAACUGGAGCACAUCAAGCAAAGCAUUUACAGAUUCAUACAAUGAGUUUGAGAGCAGUUCAAAAAGCAAAUCUCAGGUAUGGAAGAAGGUAAAACUGAUCAACUACUUUCAGUCCAAACCUGAGAAAAUAAAGUUGAUGGCAGAUGUUUUGAAGUAUGAACUCUCCAAAGCUGUCAGUAUAAGCAUUGAUUCUAUUUUUCAAAGCUCUCCUCUUCUUCAAAUGCCCCCAAAAGAUGAGGACAGUGAAAACAUUGAUAUGUCCUCUUUAAAUCUUCAUAAGCACCCACUAGUUUGUUUGGGACUUUCAUGUUGUGGGAAUACAGAGGUGCAAGUUUCAGAUGUUCAGACUGAAGCUCUGGCUCUUGUGGUAGAAAAGCCACAGUUGGCAAGAUGUGACAAAUCCAUCCUACAGUCUGGAUCAAAAACUCAGCAUCGCCCCACACCUCUGAUAAUCCCUGUGGAUAAAAACCAGGCAUCAGAGAUAAGUCAUAACUCCAAUCAAAACGCUCUCAAGUGCCUCCAGGACGGAUGCUUUGAAGCAGGUCGAACAAAGACACUUGAUGGGUCUUGGAACAUGUUGAAAGUGAGGUCAAAGGUCAACUCCAGAAGUGUGAGGAGCCCUGGGUGCCACAGUGUCUCAGUGGAUCCCAUACUUUUAGAAAAUCUCCAUCUCCCUCAAGUCAAGAUCGAGUCCAACAGUGUCGUGAAGAAUAACAUGUAUAUGCUGAAUGAGGGGCUGACAACAAACCACCUGAAAAAGGCAAAACUCAUGUUCUUCUACACUCGAUACCCCAGUUCACUGGUACUUAAGAUGUGUUUCCAUGACGUACAGUUCACUCGCUGCAUCACUUCUCAGCUCAUCAAGUGGUUCAGUAACUUCAGAGAGUUUUACUACAUCCAGAUGGAGAAGUUUGCCCGCCACGCGCUCAUGGAGGGAGUGUCCGACGUGAGGAGUCUGACUGUGGGAAGAGAAUCAGAGCUUUUCAGAGCGCUUAACAUGCACUACAACAAAGCCAAUGACUUCCAGGUCCCUGAAAGAUUCCUUGAAGUUGCUGAAAUUACACUGAGAGAAUUUUACAUCGCCAUUUCAGUGGGGAAGGAUCACGAUCCAUCCUGGAAGAAAGCAAUCUACAAGGUCAUCUGCAAACUGGACAGCGACGUACCGGCUGAGUUCAAAACUCAGCAGUCAGGAUAAACACCAGGAGGAUAUUCUUUUCUUUUGCAUCGUGAGCCACACAUGACAAUUUGGACACAAACUCUAAAGAGCUUCUUUAUUUCAGAUGAAAUUAUUUAUGAGUCAAGCACAUAUUCGAUGCCACAACUAGCAUUCUGCUUUUAAUGUCCAUCCCAGGUAUCAUCAGCCAGUAGUGUUGAUGAGGCCAGAAUGUGCAUUUCUUGCUGUAUUUGCCACAUUACAUAGUAGUAAUACUAGGGUGACCAUUUUUUGAUUUCUAAAAAAAAAAAAAAGAGGACACUGCUCCGCCACGACAUACUUGAUCACAUGCUAAGUACGUACUGCAGUAUUCUGUGCACAGCGCCUAUAACCCCAGAGAAAAUAUUUUAGUGAAACA